CAUUGCUCAAAAUUCACAUCUGAAGGUUAAAGUCAGCCUGUGUCUGUCACGCUGAGUGUCAGUCUCCCCUCUCUCUCCGUUUUCAUUAAUUUACACAAAUAUUAUUAACACAUCAUGUCGAUAUUUAGUGAAGUCCCGGCGGCUGCCCCUGUCGCAGUGUUUAAACUGACAGCGGAUUUCCGCGAGGAUCCGAGUGCCAGCAAGGUGAACCUGGGAGUCGGAGCAUACAGAACAGAUGACUCUCAACCCUGGGUUCUUCCCGUGGUAAGAAAAGUGGAGAAGAUGAUCGCAGAUGAUCAUAGUUUGAACCACGAGUACCUUCCCAUCUUGGGCCUUCCAGAGUUUCGCUCCAGCGCUUCAAAGAUCGCUCUGGGUGCCGACAGUCCUGCCAUCAGUGAGAAGAGGGUAGGUGCUGUUCAGUGUUUAGGCGGUACUGGUGCUCUAAAGAUCGGUGCAGAGUUUCUUCGCCGUUGGUACAAUGGAACCGACAACACAAAAACUCCAGUUUAUGUAUCUGCACCCACAUGGGAGAAUCACAAUGCAGUUUUCUCUAAUGCUGGAUUUGAGGACAUCCGUCCAUACAAAUAUUGGGAUGCAGGAAAGCGAGGACUGGAUCAGGCUGGUUUGUUGGGUGAUCUGGAGAGCGCACCAGAUCACUCCAUCUUUGUGCUGCACGCCUGUGCCCACAACCCCACCGGUACAGAUCCCACUCAGGACCAAUGGAAAAAGAUCGCUGACAUCAUGAAGCGGAAGAAUCUUUUUGCCUUCUUUGAUUCAGCCUAUCAGGGUUUUGCCUCAGGAGAUUUAGAUAAAGACGCAUGGGCUGUUCGCUACUUUGUGUCUCAGGGUUUUGAAUUGUUCUGUGCCCAGUCGUUCUCCAAGAACUUUGGCCUGUACAAUGAGAGAGUUGGAAAUCUGACUGUGGUAGCCAAAGACCAAGAGAACUUGAACCGCGUCCUCUCUCAAAUGGAGAAGAUCGUUCGUAUCACGUGGUCCAACCCUCCGUCUCAGGGCGCACGCUUGGUUGCCAUUACGCUCAACAGCCCGGAGCUCUUUGCUGAAUGGAAGGACAAUGUGAAGACCAUGGCAGACAGGGUGCUGUUGAUGCGCGCUCAGCUGAAGGAGAAGCUGAAAUCUCUAGGAACUCCAGGAACUUGGGAGCAUAUCACCGAACAGAUUGGCAUGUUCAGCUUCACAGGACUCAACCCUAAGCAAGUGGAAUAUAUGAUCAAAGAAAAGCACAUUUAUCUAAUGGCAAGCGGUCGCAUCAACAUGUGUGGCCUCACCUCCAAAAACAUCGACUAUGUGGCCGAGUCCAUUCAUGAAGCCGUCACUAGAGUCCAAUAAACACCUCCAUCACACCUCGUGCGUGUGUGUGUGUGUCCACAGAAACAUAAGUGCACAUAGACACACACACACACACACACUUUUGCUGGUCUAAAUAUUCAACUCUCUUAAUUGUAAGCAAUCCCAAAAAAAGGUAUACACAGUCUUGUUCCCCUUCGCCUUUUCCUGCUGUAUGUUUUUCAGAAGAAAGCACCUAUAAAUAUUCUCUGUAUCAUUCAUUUGACAUCUUGUGUGUGUUAAUAAGCACUUUGUGGUGGUUUGAGAGGAUUUCAAUCAAGUGACAUUUUCUGGAUUUCUCGAAUCUGAAGGUCCACCAUGAUUUCGAGAUAUUGUGCUACAUGUAUUCCUUAGGUUGUGACAAACUGUUAUCAUGUUAAGUUGUAUUGACGAGUCUGAGCAGAUCAAGCCCUGACUUAACUCAUUCAUUUCUUGUUGCUGAAAGAUUGUAUUAAAUGCACAACUGAAGGAUAAUGUGCGUGGCGUAUGGUAUACUGUAUGUGUCUCUGUAUGCAUGGUUUAAAACGUCAACAUGCACAUGAAGACGCUCUAGAUAAAUGACCAGGGGCAUUAAACUGACUAGCACAGGUAAUUGUUAUAUUUGUUGUCUGCUGUUAAAACUUUAUUUAAAGCAACAUUUCACACUGAAGUCAUAGUUUGGGAUUCACCUUCUUUACUGUCAUUAAUUGUCUCAUUGUUGAGCCACUUUGAUAUUCCAUCAAAAAUAGAAAGUCGUCAUUUAAAGUUUAAUUCAUUUAAAAUGUACAAAGAAAGCACCAAGAAACACUUUGCUGAUAACUGUGCAGUGAAUUAUACAAAAAAACAUGAUUUGGGCUUUUUCUGGAAACCGUUUUGUGAAGUCCUCUGGCAUUGCUUUGCCCUUUAUUUUGAUGUCUGCUUUCAACUGUGUAUUUUCUGAUUCUUGUCCAUCUUUUUGAAUGUGAUCAGGCUCAAUGGCGUAAUGUAGGUUUAUUGAAUAUUCAACCAAAGUCCAAGUACAGUCACUCUCCUGGCCGGCUUAGUCUUGUAAGAUCAAACCUUUAAGACUCCUCAAACUCAUUUUAAGUGCAUUGAAAUAAAUUAUGAACAUGUGA